AUGUCAUCAUCUACAUCCGCAGUCCUGGUCGGAUCCGCUUUGCUGGUUGCUGCCGCAGCUGCUAGUUCACUCUAUUCUUCCAAAGCAGACAGCACGAGUACCAUUAAAGAUAUCGACGAUGAUGAAUACGACGAAUCUGAAUUGAUUACGUCGGAAGAAGUUACCAAAAUUUUCGACCGCCUCUUUUUGGAAAUGCAAGGCGUCUUGGCACAGCUUUCGCAGAUGGUUCAGCAGAUUCAAAUGUCGGGUCAAGUGAUUCCUGAGAAGCAACUCCGCAUGAUGAUCAAGGCUGAAUUCGAACGAGCACUUGCAGCCAAGCAAACUCUAGUAUUGGAAGAAUAUGAUAUGGAUUAUGAUUGUCUGGAAGAAGCUACCUGGGAAUUUAUGGAAAAGGAAGAAGAGUUCCCCAAGGUCAAAAAGUCAGUCGAACGGUUUCAGAAAUUGUGGGAGAAUGUUUCAGGAGAAGUCGUAGUGGGCAUGCGACCUGGAAAGGCAGCAACAGUGGAAGCCAUUGAGAUUUUGUCACCGUCCAAGACUGUGGAAGCUGCUGAAAUCUACUUUGAUGCACUGACCAUGGCCAUGAAGGGACUCGUAGAGAAAAUGAAGGAAGACGGACAGGAUCUGAAUAGUCCUGCAGUAGCCCAAGAAUUGCACAUGAAAUUCGCAUCCGUUGCAAAUGAGGCAGGAGAAGACUCCUUGAAGGCCAUUGGUUUGACUCAAGUACAAUUCCAAAAAUCGAUUGAAGCCAACGCUUCCAAUCCAAUGGUCGGAAGAGCAUUAGCAAUGUUACAGAUGAAACAACAACAAGCGCUAAUGGCUAUGGGAGUUCCACAAGCGUAA